UCUAUCUCUGUUUGUUCGCGCUAACGCUGAAAGAGAAAUAGCCUAUGAAAGCCUGCCGGCAACCGCGGCGGUUCCAUAAACCUAGCACACUCAACACACUACCAGUUCGCUCAGCCUCAUCGAUACUGGUACAAAGACCUCGGCCGUUCAGAACAACUUGCUUCAUAACAGCAGGAAAGACCUCAAUAGAGCAGGACAAAAAAAAGAUGUCUGGCGCAACUAACGCUUAGCAACAGUUGGUCGGAGGGGAACACCCCGAACCGGACAGUAUCAAUGAUCUUUCUAUAUAAACUAUCACAGCUGGAUUACUACUACUUCAAUCGUUUUCAAGGAGAACUUAAAUUGUAUCAAGUGCUAAAUAGGCAACUUGGCUCUUUAAGCGUACAUCAAGGAGUUCUAGCUGUGUGUCCGUCGAGCGGGUGUGUGGUUUCACAGAAUUUGUUAGCUUGAGUUUCCAGUGUAAACUGAGAUGAAGGGGGGCUAUGUCGUGACAACUGAAUAGAGAGUCUACGGGGCUUACGGCUGUACAAGUUCUGUAUUCGUUAACUUUAGAUCACGCUACUUUGCUUAUCGCAAUGGAAAGAUUGUCAAUGUAACGAGUUCAAAGACGAUCGCUUUUGCGUAAGCGCCCUACAAGCUGUAUGGAUAACUUCUGGGUCGGUGGAUAACUCAGUGCUGUGUUUUUUCAUAACUGAUUGGAAUAUUUUCGGGAGUCGCUAUGAGAGCGAAGACAAUUGUCAUCCUGACUUCGGUCUGUGCACUGCUCGCCACCACCGCUGGCACGCCGAACAAAUGGAAAAAGUCCGCUGUAAAAGGAGAUGAUGCCGACGAUCUUGAGGAUGAAGAUGACGAAUCUGACGCACCAUCAGAUACAGAAACUUCGCCGUUACUUCUCCAUGAAAUCAACGCGGGCCCCUCAAUCGAGAUCCAUCCACAGGAAUUGGAAGUGCCUCUACAUCAGUCUCCCAAAGACAACUCCGGUGACCUAGAAGAAAGUCACUAUCUUACGUGUGCGGCGGAUAAUGCUCUCGCGGUUCGUAUGUUUUGUGCGACCACGCAUCCGUCCAACAAAGACCCAGCUCGAAGCAAAAACAAAGACAGCUUUGACCACGCGGGUGCAGAUCACAGCCCAGUUCUAGUUGCGGACCAACAAGUUACUGCUGCGCCAAUCGGUGACACAACGAACAUUUUGAUAAUGAACACGUCAGCGACGGUCGACAUUGUAAACCCCAUGACAGGGGUGAGGCAUAACGAAGUAAAGGCCGCUAUGUCACCGGCCGUUCUUCAGCAAUUUCGUCUGACAAAGAAAUCGAGCGUAGCAUUAUAUUGCUUAUGUGACGCCUGGAACUCAAAGGCUCGAAACAAAUCGAAGGUGGCAACCGUUAAAUUUAGACCUGCUGUUGAAAAAAAGGCCGACAAAAGCCUACGACGAGUAGUCCCCUUAGGAGAAAAGGUACUGCUCGAAUGUCCUCUCGGCUUCAAUGGAAAUACUAAUGACAACCGCGCUGUGUUUUGGCUUUGGAACGAUGCCGAAAUAAUGCUCAACGACAACGUCGAGGUCGAUGCUAAGAAGGGUAGUUUAUUAAUUCUCAAGGUAGGUCUUGCCAACGAAGGAAGCUAUACGUGCGGUGUCCGCGGCAGCGGUGGUGGCAAGGAUCACGUGUCUGCCCGACUUGGCGAAACGGUUAUCAUUGACGUCCGCGCUGAUGGUCAGUGGUCAUCUUGGGGUGCGUGGAGCGAAUGUACGGCGCGAUGCGGACGAGGGCAUCGUACUCGAACCCGAUCAUGCACCAAUCCUCCUGCACGCAAUGGUGGUAGAGAAUGUCCUGGCGACUAUAUGCAUCGUAGCGACUGUCACGCUCGAAAGAAUUGUCCUUCUGACAAGGAAAAUGUCGAUAUCCAUUCCGUCCCACAAUGGAGUGCAUGGAGUGAUUGGUCAGUUUGUGGGCACGAUUGCAAACAACACAGACAGCGUUGGUGCAGAAGUGGUAGCAGACUUGAAUUGAGCGAACAACAACAGCAGCUGGAACAAUACGAAAGUAGUAAAUUAAGUGGACAUCAUCUGAGUGGCAGUCACCUCCAGCGUCAAGCAGGCGCUAACGUUUAUGCCUGCCCAGGGCAGGAUCACAUGUCGACGAAUUGCACAGGAGGAAAGUGCCCGCUAGACUUCAAUAAUAGCUUUCCUCCGUUAAUACCACAGAACGGUGUCGACAAUUUACUUAACAAUAACAAUCAUUAUCUACAAGAUCAACAACUGUCACCGACGCAUGAACACGGUUUUGUCGUUGCUAAUUUUGGCAGUGUUCAGGCAGUCGUACUGGUUAUUGGAAUGGCACUUGCAGCUGUCAUUCUUGCAUUCACAUUUCUUAUUGCCUUGCGUUUUUGGCCUCGCGAUGUCGUGGGUUCUGGGGAUAAACGACAACCUCCCUUACCACUGCGUAUGACUUAUACCACAAUACCUGUUUCAGGGCUAUCUAGCGUCCCCUCCGAUGUGACAGCUAGCCUGGACCGGGAUCCUCGUUUGCACGAAUUCUUCACCGAAAGGCGGUUAGAUUCUGGAGUUUCAGUACCACUUCUUCAGCAAGCGUAUACAACGCCUAACAAUGGUAAUAUACCGAUGAUGCCCUCUCAAACACGAGCGAACUUUUUCAAUCUUUCGGGGACCCCGAGUUCCACUGGAAAGACACACAGAAGUGAUUCAGAAUCUCAACAGAGCGGACACCCAUGUUCCGAUUAUGGAACACCCGGUUCAACCUCGGAGUAUGACCUCAUAUAUGAUACGAUUCCCGAUGAAAUAACUGAAAACGCCAGCUCAACUGGGGCUGGAUCUGUUAGGGAUCAACCAUGCGGUGAGAAUUUUCUGCCCUUAAAGUCAGCUAAAGAGCAUCAGAUCUCGUGGAUGACAGUCGGACCAGAAGGGGGCCGCCUCGGUUUAGAAAGACUCGGAAUAUGGCUUACUGUGCCCCCUAAUGCUAUACGCCAUGGUCGGUGGGAUAUCUACGUGGCUGUUUUGGACGAAGCUGAACUUGACUUGUCCAUGAAACUUCGUGAAGAUCAAUGUGUUCUUAGCGCAGUCAUUCAGUGCGGCCCUUCCGACGUCCCUUUAGUGAGGCCCUUGAUACUUUCGUUUGACCAAUGCGCACACGCUUUCGCCGAAAAAUGGACUUUAUAUUUACUCGGUGCUGACGAAGGAACAGAUGCUCACAAACAGCCCAUCUGGAGAAAAAGGGUGUCCUUGGACUCACCGGAGGAACACGGUGAUAUCCUGUGCCAUAAAGAUGGCCGUAUUUGCCAUGUUCAAACCGACCAGCUUGGCCGAUUCGUACUUUGUGGUGAGUCUAAAGUCGGAUCCUAUGCUGCCAAAUCCAUGGUUUUACUAACGUUCCUCACAAAGCGACGAGGUCUUUCGCAGGCUGAACGAACCCUUAAAGUGUAUUGCGCCGAGGAUACGAAAGCGGCAACCGAAGCCAUUCUUCGAUUAGAGCAAGAAGAUUCUACGCUCGUCGAAACUCCCAAAUCAAUCCUUUUGCAUGACGGAGGAGCGAAUCUAUGUUGCGCACUAGAAGAGCUUUCUUUGCCGCAAAACUGGACCUUGAAAUCGUUUAGCCUACAGGAGAUACCCUUUUCACGAGUCUGGAAGUCGAGCGUGGGAGUGCACUGCUCAUUUUCGCUGCUCAGUUCAUCAUUAUCUGCGCGUGAAGCACCUCUCGAAUGUCGAGUCACCGUGUAUCAGAGAGGCAACCAGUCGUAUCGACAGAUGCUUAGCAUCAGUUCCUCUACCGUGUCUCCUGUUUACAAAAAUUUGGCUCCACAGAGCGUAGAGUGUGUGGCAACCAACGGGAGUCGAGGAUCACCUGUUAUUCAACAGCCGGUAGAAGGCAUCCGUCUGACGCCAGAGGCGCGAGGUCGAUUGUGCGCGUUGUUAGACGCUCCCACUAGUGAUGGUCCUGGCGACUGGGCGAAACUAGCCGUACGCCUUGGACUAGAACGAAAUAUGGGUUAUUUUGCAUUGAAGGCGAGUCCUACGGCUUGUCUAUUGGACUUAUGGGAGGCUCAUCAUCGUGAAGACAGUGCCCCCACGAGUUUACUAACACUUCUGAGGAACAUAGGCCGACCUGAUGCAGUAACUGCUAUAGAGAAGCUUCUUGGAGCCUGGGUCUGAGUCAGCGAAAACCAAUUGAUAACGAUAUUGCAAUUAGUGGCAUAUUGAAAGUACUCUUUUCAAUUCGCGAAAAAUAAUUCAGAGGGUAAGAUUUUUACCUUAAAAAUGGCUGACAAGCGUGUGUUCUGAAGCUUGUUUUGAGUCAAACCUUACGGUCUGCAUGAACACAGACACGAAUGUCAAACUUACCUAUGAAGUCGUCUACAACAAAUGGAAGCAAUAUACUCGUUUGAUUCUAUGCGAUAUAACACAGACGAACGACACAAAACAGAGCCCAUACAUGUACUACAUGGGCUGACAUUUUGUAUAGUCUACUAUAGAUCAAUGUUACGAUUUUAUUUUGAAUAGCAGAAUAUACAUAUGAAAUUACCGUCGGAACACGCGAUCUGUUAUGAGUGUUUAUCUAUGCUGACAGAACAUUGUAGAUACAAUAUAUGGCUGCGGAACGUACGCGAUAUACCUCAUUUCUGUAAAGCAGAACGAGUUAGGCAAAAGAGAAUGAAAGGAAUGGUGCUUGCGAAGUUACUUGCAAUUUUGUGGUAAUGCACGAGCAGAGAAAUGUAUUUAAAACAUAAAAGUUAAGAUCCUUUCAUGGGUGUUGAUAUAGUGAAAUUAUAUUGAGCGAUAUCAUUAUUACAUAGACAAGGAAGAACUCAUUUGUAUGAAUGGUGUACAUAUGUACAUAAGAAAGAGCAAGUCUGUACAGGUAAGAUAAUGUGGGCUUAUACCCAUAUAACAGAUACAUGUACUAAUAAGAAUGACGCAUAUUAAUUUCGUCAGAUCGUUUUAAAUGUAUUCCAUUUUAGGUAGGGUACAAGCUAACGUAGCUUGACUAGAAUAUUUAUUGUCUUUUUUAAGAUUAAAGAUCUUUAAAUAAGCAGAAAUUGCAAUUUGAGAGAAGAUGCUAAGCUUGCUCUGGAAAUCGCCUUAGAUAUACCAAGAUAUUGAGUAUAACACUUCAGUUUGACCAACUGAACCUUGAACAGCUCCAACGGAGUGGAAGCUCGUCCAUUAACUACUGUCUAGAUAUGAAUCUCAAUAUUAAAAAACAAAAGCAGAAACUAAGUAAAUCUGCACAGGUCCUACAGCAUCUCUUCCAGAUUUUCGAAACGUACAAAGCCUAUGUGACUUGACGAACACGCUCAGACUUGGAGGCUUUCGUACAGAGGGCAACACGAGAUUGCAUUGGUGUCACCGUAAAAAGUGCUCGACACAACGGCAACAGUAACUCUAAUGCCAAAUUAAACUAGAGAUGAUAAUAGCAGAAGUUUCUUAAUGAAACCACAAGUACGAAAGCGCUUCAAUUUGUAUAUGCCGUAUCGUUGGAAAGCUUUAAGCUUAUAAGUCUUCCGUGCACUCAACCAACUCAAUCUAGAUAAUCGCCGUGAUGUCCUCAGCUGCAUUUGGCACAAACCCUGUGUUGUGGCAAUUGAUAUGGCUUCCCCGAAAAAAUGGCGCAUUCCCCCAAAUUACCUGUUAUAGCCAAAGUGAUACAAGACUACCUAAUCUGGCAAAUAACUAUUCAGGACGCCACCCCCGCUCGGACUCUCACACCCUGCAGCAAGGUGAAAAAUUCAGCCAGAACGAUUCAUGUGAUUGAGACUGAGAGAAGGCGCAUUUAGUGAAAAGGAUGCAGGAUUAAUAUUCAGAUGCUUAAGUUGGGAUCUAUAUAAGCAGACCUUUUUUGGUGGUUUAGGGCGCGCUCUAACCAUUCUGUUGGCGAAAAAGGACACCCGUUUCGCUCGGCUGUGUAUAGAGUAAAUGCAAGCACCUUUUCUGUAUACUGUGUCAAUUCCAAUGAGCUCUGUUACCGUGUAAGGGAGACAAAAGUAUAAAGUUCUGCCACUUAGUGAUAUCGGGCGAUGGUUUUGUAUGAAGAUGGGACCAGUGACAUUACGGGCCUGCUGCAAAGUCCGGAAAGCAACGAUCACAAUCCGAGCCAAACUGAGAACCACAAGGACGACUUCCCUAUUGAAGAGCUAGUACGGCUCGUACGGGCUACUCCGUUCCUGUACGACAAGAGGCGUCGGUCGAACAGAAACACGCAGCUGAAAGAGGCGCGUUGGGCUGAAAUCGGUGGAUACUUCAGGAUGACUGGUGCUGAAGUGAGCCGAAAAUGGACCAGUGUUCGUGAUAGAUACAAACGACUGUUCAACAGAGUGAUGCAGCAAUUGCAACGGGGAGUGUUUUACCGUCCCAUUUGGAAACUCUACUACGUUCUUGAUACUAUGCUGUUUCAUGAAGGAUUACAUGAAGGAGUUUGACAUCGCCUCUAUUCUCUACAGGCCUGAAAACACUCUCGCUGCGAACAGCCUGUCCAGAGGUCAACGGCGCCUCCGCUUUAGCCUUUAGCGUACCAAAAAGGGAAAUCUUUGCUGACGUAGAAAACCUCCCGAGCAACCGGUCAUGCGACUCUUCCGACACAUUGCACCGAUCUCUGCUGAUGAAGACCCUGUGAACGGACUCGUGAACUUAAUGAAAAAAAACAUAAGAGGCUUGAACGCCGAUAAACGCCAGCUGGCCAUAAGUCGAAUCGUUCAGACAUUUUAUGGCAUGGAGAUUGACUGCCUGAUUAAAGAACUGAACAGUCAUGUCGAUAAUUAAACAUUUUCAUGUGCUGGGUAAGCUAAGAAGCAUAAAAUGGAACCACAGUAGAGUAUUUAUCUGUACAUAUCUAGUCUAUAGCCCAGUACUACAAACGUAUGACUAUAACUUACAAGUAUUCUGAUGUAUUGUAGAUAACGAACC